CAUACCCCCGCUCCGCCGCUAGGGGGCUACAACCGGAGCUACCGACAGACAGCAGCGGAACAGGAGCUUUGUCGCCCGGGUAACUUCACCUGGCUCUCCCGCUUCCUUCAGCCUCCAGCGAGGGGAACACGGAUCAUCCCGAAGUGAACCACCAGCACCAGGAGCUCGACCCAGCGGGGACACUAGAGGACUUUACCCCGCAUCGCCCGGUGGACCAGCCCGCCAGCUAGCUUUGUUACCACCGCGCAUACGUAGUGUUAGCUUAGCCCGUUAGCCUGCUCCGCUAGCCCCGCGAGAAGAAGCAGAACAAGGCCGCGGAGCUGACCUCGCGUCCGGCUGUUACACACCCGGCACAUCGGGGUCGCCCGCAUCGCCCCUCGGACCGGAACCCCCUUCCUCACAUAGAAGCGACCACACCCGGCACACGAUGGCCUUGAAGCGGAUCCACAAGGAGCUCAAUGACCUGGCUCGUGACCCCCCAGCACAGUGCUCGGCCGGCCCAGUGGGUGAUGACAUGUUUCACUGGCAAGCCACGAUCAUGGGACCUAUUGACAGUCCAUAUCAGGGAGGAGUUUUCUUCCUGACAAUUCAUUUCCCCACAGACUACCCCUUCAAACCCCCCAAGGUUGCAUUUACAACAAGAAUUUACCACCCAAAUAUUAACAGUAACGGCAGUAUCUGUCUGGAUAUUCUCAGAUCACAGUGGUCUCCUGCACUUACUAUUUCUAAAGUUCUUCUCUCCAUUUGCUCACUCCUAUGUGACCCAAACCCUGACGACCCACUAGUGCCAGAGAUCGCACGAAUCUACAAAACAGAUAGUCAGAAUCUCACUCUCGUCAGGUACAAUAAAUUAGCUCAGGAGUGGACGGCGAAGUAUGCCAUGCUUUAGGGUGAGGCCCCGCUGCAUCUUGGGUAGUGCAGUUGGAGUGGUUGGUUGUGUUUUUGGUGCUCUGGUCUGACUGGCAUAACCAGAGGCUCGAGAUCUCUGUUAUGCAGAAAGCUACGGCAGUUUCCGAUUUCGUGGUUGUACUAAUCUCAGGUGUGUUGCUAUAAAUAAUCUCUAAGUCAGACCACAGGGGAAAAGGUCUCGUGAGGAUUCUGGGUUAUCACUAAUACAGGCCUUUUAGCAUCUGUGUGAUCGGAUUGGUUGAAGUCUGUCAAUGCACAAAAGCUUUGAUAGAAUUAGACGCAAAAGAGUAGAUUUAUAAUUGAAACAGUUCUAAAUACUAAUGGGAUAUCGUCCUUAUGAACAAAAUGUGGCCUGGAAAUCUACCUAAUCCUUGUAUGACCCUUACAACCUACGUAGUCACUUUCAUGUAAAUUUCAACAGAUAUUUAAAGCAAAACUUGUGACCACAUCUUCCAGAAAACUUUGUUUCUGACCAUUUAACAUCAUAAGACGAGUUUAAAAGAAUAAAAUCAACAUGACCUGAGAUGAGCUUCAGUCGGGCGAUCAUCUCAGGUCAUUGGUCUCCUUUUAAUUUACAGUCAGUGUUGCAAGGUGACGCAGUUGUCAGCAGGGACCUUUGUAAAAGUAUCGGCCGUGCACUUCAGGACACGCCUAUGGUCGGCUGCCAACACAAGCUGCAUUCAUGAGCAGUGAUGAGGAACUGCAGACGAGCAGAGGAAGAAUAAUACGAGCCGGGGUUCCAAACACAGAUUUUCAGACUCAAGGCAAAAACGUUUAAAUAAACAUUUGUCAUAAAUAGAAAACUUUCAACAAUCCACACAGAAGCUGAGAUUAGAGCUAGAAAUGAGUUGAGCUGAUGUUGGUCAGCUACAGUCCUCAGCUACUUAAUGACUCCCUGUGUUUGUGAAAAAUUGAAAACGUUUUAUUAAGGAUUUUUUUCAUCUGGACCGUUUUGUUUUCGAGUGUCUGCAGAUAAAUUGGCUUCAUUUGACAAUGAACACUGAAGGAAUCCUAACAAAAAUCCAAUGGCAGAGAGUUUUUCCACAAGGACAAAAAACUAAACAUGAAUUAUGACCUAGCGACUGUUUCAUAUCUGCCAGUCAUCUAAUCAGCACAUUUCUGCAACUAUGCCAACAUAACUGAGAGUACAAAGUUUAAUAUCUGGUAGUUGAGGUGUCUUCACUUAAACAAAUCAGGAGUCAAAGGAGCAACUGAACCAAAUCAAUGCUGCCUCUUCUAGUAAAACAAAUGAAAUGGGAUAAAAGCUUUAACACCAGUGUCUUUUCCCUAAUAUGAAUAAAUGUAUAAUUAUCCCCUUUUCUAGUCUGAUUAACAUCGACCAAGCCAAUAAUCAGAUUAUUUGAAAACC